AUGGCUCAAAUGGAUGAGGCACUUCAAAUGCCAAAUCCUAAUGCGGAACAAGUUCCCAUGAUUACGUACAUAAGGGACAUACACAAAUUAGGAGCUAUUGAGUUCGUUAGAGCUGCCGAUCCACUCGAUGCCGAAAAAUGGAUCGAUGCCAUGGAAAAAUAUUUUAAGAUGAUGGACUGCACUGAAGUGCAGAAAAUGAUGAUAGCUGCAUUUUUCUUGUCGGGUGAGGCGCGCCAGUGGUGGCGGACCGUGAUUAGGACUACUGUAGAUAUAGCCGCUAUGACUUGGGAAGAAUUUAAGACACGGUUCUAUAAAAAAUAUUUUCCACGGUCUGUGAGAGAAAAGAAGGGAAUUGAAUUCAUGGAAUUAAAACAGAGCAAUACAAUGACGAUUAGUGACUAUGAGACAAAGUUCAUGAAACUCUUUCGAUUUGCUACUCACAUAAUGGCUAAUGAGAACACAGGAUUCGAAAGUUUGAGUAGGGUUUGA